UAAUGACAGCGAUCAUCAUGGCCGCCACGUCAUACGUAAGUUUCAAACAAGUGCUCUUUAUUGGGAGCCUCAUCUUCUACAUUUUAGCACCGAUUCAAGGUGAUAAUGUACCUGUAUAUGAUGAUAAUGGAAAAAAUACAGGUGACUCAUGGGGUUCUCUGGGAAAGUCACAAUUCCAACAUGUUUCAGCCCAUCCAUUAGAAACUGUGGACAUCCUCUUUCAACGAUCAAAGAGGGAAUCAUCAACAUAUUUCCACAAGUAUGAAAUCUUAAAAAACAACUACUCUAUUAUCACCCUUGGAAAAGAAGAAGAUGGAAAGAAAUUCUUUUGUAAGGAAAAUGCUGUUUACACAGCUACCUGCAGGGAACGUUUCUCUUUUGGUUAUAUAAACAGCACCAAUAUGGCCUUCCAAAUAAGAAAUAUAACAUCUCAAGAUGCUGGUCAAUAUUCCUGUCAAGCAUAUUUCACUGGGGCUAACAAAGAGAACGACCCACAAUAUGAACAUGUCUAUUUGAUAGUACAAGAUUAUGCUACAGUUCCCUCUUCUUUGGCUUCCACAACUACAAGUGAUCAUUCUGUUCCCUCUUCUUUGGCCUCCACAGCUACAAGUGAUUAUUCUGGUCACACUGUUCCUGCAACUUCAGCUUUCACAACUACAAGGGAUCAUUCUGGCUGUCUUUCCCGUUUUGUUAUGCUGGCAAUGAUAACCACUCUACAAGCCCUUGUGCCAUAAGAGAAUGUCUCCUGGGGAGCUCCAACAAUGAACGAGUUGCCAGUAAUAGGAUCCCUCUGCUAUGCGCAAAGGGUUCUGGGAUCACCACGGAGCAAAUAACGCAAAUGGCUGUAAAUUUUAGUUUGAUACGUGAAACCGCUGGUAUGCGCCUGCAUCGGUCUUCUGCUCGAGAAUCGCGAAAGAAAAGAAGCAGUAAAAUAUGUCAGAAAAAACAACAGUUGGAGUAACCUUUAUUCUCAUUUAUUCUUCUGUAACUUAGAUGGAAGCGGCAAAGUCUUGAAAUUAUUGUGUGAUGUGUGGAAGGAAGUUAUUUUCAAAAUGCAAAAGAUUGUUCAAGUCUUGUUUUGAUUGUCUGAGCGAUUGAUGUAGAUGAUGUUAUUUUUGAAGGAUGCAAGUGGCCUGUCGAAGAGCACAAAAGAAUUAGAUAGUAUACUUUUAUUGUGUCAUUGCUAUCUCAAGUAAUCGGUGAUCAUUCGAAGUACUCGCCUUCAUGUAAGCGUUUUUAAGAGCUUCAACUGUAAUGCUAGUGCAGUGUACUUCCAAUUUUGGCAAAAAUUUAAAGUUUGCAGUAGUUUGUACUCGCCUUCCUGUAAGCAUUUUUAAGAGCUUCAACUGUACUGCUAGUGCAGUGUACUUCCAAUUUUGGCAAAAAUUUAAAGUUUGCAGUAGUUUGUUUUGUUUCAAAAGUUUUUUUGACAUGAAUCACAACCGGCAGGGCCAAUUACCAAAAUAAAAAAGGUCAAUGUCGUGUAAAGAAAAGUAAGACAAUGGUAGUGUUAGAGAUAUGGUAGCUCCAUCUGGUUAGAAAUGGAGGAAUAAUUAUCAAUUUUAUUAGAGUAAGAUAAAGUCUUUUCAAUCAUUAGUCUCAGAAAUAUCAUCAGAUAUGAUCGAUGAUGUGGGGAAAUUGUGAAUGAAAACAAGUACUAGUUUGGGCUUCCAACUGUAAGAUGAAUAAUUAAAUAAACUAGGUAUACCUAUCAA